AUGUCAUUGAUUUUUCCUGAGGAAACUGACAACAGUUAUGUGAUUCUUCAUCCAGCUAUGCCCAUGAGCCUCACAGCCUUCACACUCUGCAUGAGCCUUGCUUCAGAGUUACCCACAAACCGGGAAAUUAUCCUAUUUUCCUAUUAUAACUCAGGAGAUGCACUAAAUCUGUGGGUUGAAAAUGGAAAAUUUAAUUUAUACUUGCUUCAAUCAAGUCCUGUAAGUUUUAGUCUUCCUCAGCUCAGCACAUUCUCAACAAAUCUGUGUGUAACAUGGGAGUCGUCAUCUGGAAUGACUACCUUUUGGGUUAAUGGUAAAAGUAGUGUCAGGAAAGUUAAUAGACAAGGGUACAAGGUUCAGAAUGGGGGAAUUGUAAUUCUGGGUCAAGAUCAGGAUAGUCUGGGGAAUACAUUUGACAUAAAACAAAGCUUUGCUGGGGAAAUAACCAAUGUUCAUCUGUGGGACUAUGUGCUAUCAUCUGAUGAAAUAUGCCUUGUCAGUGAAGGACAUACUGUGCCCAAAGGGAAUGUGAUUGAUUGGAAUUCUGUGGAUUAUGAAGCUAAAGGAAAUGUUUUAAUAAAACCUGUUAACAUCUCUUGAAAGUCAUUUAGUUCUUCUAAAAUGUGGUGAAUAAAUGUUGGCAAUCUAUUCCCAUUUGUGUAAGGUGUCUCUUAUUAACC